UCUCUCUUUAUGUGGGACGGACUAAAUGUUGUCCAAUAGCAGUUUUUAAGCAGCUGAAGUUAUUGGGGGGUUUUCUGUUCACAACAUUUUAUCCAGACAGAGUCGAGCGGUUGACUAAGAGACCUCGGGGAAAGCAGAAGUGAUUUCCAAACAGCUCAUCUUUGGCCAGCAGAAACCAAGGGAAAUGUCAAGAAGUACCAGAUAACUUUUCGGAUGACCUUCAAGACAUUUCAACCACAGAGACUGCAGACUUUAAACUGAGCCGAUUUCAUGGGUCAAGAAAGUAAUUUACAUCAGGGAGAUGAUGGGGAGCUGUCCGCCCUCGAUGUUCGGGGGUUGCUUGAGCUCCGCGAUGCUGUCGUCAUGGCGAUGGCACGCAUCCGUCAGAGAGUUGUACAGGCCUUUAUUGUGUUCUCCUUUGUCCUCCUGCUUCUCUGGAUCGCUGCCUUCUUAUAUGGGAGCUUCUACUUCUCUUACAUGCCCAAGGCAGCUUUUUCCUCACCUGUGCACUAUUACUACAGGACCGGCUGUGAAUCUCCUGAUUCUUUUUUGUGCUCUUAUCCAGUGGCCAACAUCUCUCUGAUGAGGAAUAAGAAACAUGCUCUGACAUUCGGCCAAGCCUAUCAGAUGUCUCUGCAGCUGGAGAUGCCUGAUUCUCCGACCAAUCAGGACCUGGGGAUGUUCAUGAUCAAGACUACCUGUUUCUCUCGGGAUGGAGGACAAGUUGCGUCCUCUUCUCGCUCUGCAAGACAGUUGCUGUCCGCCUCCAGCUCUCGCUUUACCAUGCUGCGAUACCGUUCAGACCUGCUGAGAUACCUGGGGACGCUCCUGUUCCUACCGGCCUUUCUGACCGGAGUCACUGAGCAGAAACAAGUGCUGGAGGUGGAGCUUUUCUCGGACUACAUGGACGACCCUUAUACCCCCUCAGUCACGGCUGUCAUUGAGAUCCUGUCCACCAAGGUGCAGAUCUACUCAUCUGAGCUCCACAUUCAUGCUUACUUCACCGGUGUGAGAUACUUGUUGUUCAACUUCCCUCUCAUAUCAGCCCUGGUGGGCGUGUCAACUAACUUCGUCUUUCUCAGCCUCCUCUUCAUCCUCAGCUACCUGAGGCUGCUGUUGAGAGAGGAGUUGGGGCCGCAGCAGCUCAGAACAGAUGGACUGCUGUCAGAUAGGGACAAUAACACGAGCAACAACCAGCAAGAGGAUGAAAAAGAUGCUGCGGCAGGUGCUGCAGAGAUGUUGGGUCCCCUCCAGACGACCCUCACAAAUCCAAGUCAGGAGAGGCCCCAUUUGCACUCUGGCAACAACACAGACGUGCUGAACAGAGAGAUUAAUCAUCACAUUGAAAUAAAUGGAUCAGAGGCAGACAGAGGACAUUAAUAAUGGAGAGGGAUAAAGUGUAGAGAGUGAUAACAGGAUGUAAGUGCGGAGAUGUAAGAGAGAUAUGUGGUUGAAAAUGACUCAGAAAGCACCAACACACCUCUGAUAAAUAUGCUGGGUGACGACCUGAGCUGCCCUGUUUGAGUCGUGGAUCUUUUUGCUCUUACAUCACGUCCUCUGUAUUAACGCUCAUGCUGUUACACUUUUAAUGUCACGACCCUGUUAUUUAUGGGAUUGACUCACCUGAAUCUUUGUCACUUCAUAUAAAAUCCCUCACUGUCACUGACUUUCCAUUGCUUCGCACUUCACAGCUGUGGUCUAGUGUUCACUAAAACUGUCCAAUAUUAAAUAAAAACAAAGGACAAUGUCAAGGAUAUAUGCACAAAUGAAUAAAGACAAAAUAUGUAAGACAGGGAUGACGCUAAGAUAAUGCACCAAUUAUCAUGGAAUGUUAUUUCAUCUUGGCAGGUGAUAUUUAUUUGAUUCUAUCAGUUAUUAUUUCUUGUUUUCUUUCAUCCAUUUAAUGUAUCAUCUGUUUCUUUUACAGAUUACAACUCUCAUGCUGUCUGAAAUGUGAAUUUUAAAUGCUUAAAACCUGUUUGUUACUUGAUCAAUGUGGGGUUUUAUUUGUGCCAAAACGAUGUCACGUGUGCACUGUCUAUGUUGAGCAUGUUACACAGCAUCUGUCUGUGUCUGUACAUCUUUGAGCUGCACUUCAGUUGUCUUGUUUGACAGUGAGGCAGACAGUUUUGCAUUUUGUCUUGAUUUGGACUGGGCGACACGGAGAAAAUCAAAUAUCAUGAUAUUUUUGACCAUGAAAUGCAGCACAUUUCAACUUCAACUUUCAGCUUUACGUUUGUUUUUGCUCUGAUUUUUCACACGUUUCAGUUAAAGAUCAGAGUUUUUAUGCAUUCAAUGGAUAUCUUUCUCUCAAAUUUAAUAAAAAAAUUGAUAAAAUACAUAGUUAGUAAGCACUUCUUAUCCAAGAUAAUCCAUCCACCUGACAGGUGUGGCAUAUCAGGAUUCAUCAUUACUACACAGGUGGUCACAAUAUGGUCACACUCUUGAAAAAAGACAUUUAUUAGAAUUUCACAUGACUAGAGCUACAUAAAUGCCUUUUUCGUAUCCCUCUCCCAUUUAGACGGGACAGUUUAAAGAAGUACAGUUUAAAGUUUCGUCAGAUGAACAAUCAACACUGUCAGUCAGUCAGAAUAGUUUAUCACGACUGAAGUAUAAUUCAAAGUUGAAUAGGAAUAGUUAAAUGUCACAUGUGCAGUCGACAUACAUGGUGUGCCUGUGAUCGUUUUUUCACAAAUGAAACCGUAUAAUUCAUCAAAAUUAAUGACUGAUUUGUGUCUCUUUCUGUUAUACAAAAAAAAUAUAUUAAAAUGUUUUCAGUCAAAAUAUUUAUCACUUGGCUGCA